CUCCGACGCGCGGCUCCAACGCUGCAACUGGAUAACCCUAAUUCGGGAUCCCGUUAUCGCCCGACGGAUAUUUGCUGGGAUUGGAAUCCUUAAGCGAUGAUACCAUACCUGCAGAAUGUUAUUUUUCUGUUUUCUGCAGGGCGCACUGUCCACUGCAAAAGGCUGCACAUCCCGACUAGCGUGCUUCCUUUCGUGCCGUCCACCGACCCUCUCAUUGGAUAUUGCGUUGCGGAUGCAUCACCGCGGAUGUGACAUUAUCAAUCGCUGACAUGCAUUAAAAGCUCAGUGAGUAUGUUACGAUCUUCUAGAGUCGUCGAACAUCAUCUAUCCCGACUUUGCCGCUCAUUCCACCUCAUCCGUUCAUAUCACAUUGGAUGCGAUUGGCUUCAGAGUGCAUGUGUCGUUAUCCGGAUAUGUUGGGUUACAAUCAGGGAAAGAGAAUCCUUGACAUGCUCAUGGGAGUGACUCAAACCAUCCUGCUGAAGGGAAGGAUAUAAAGGGACGGGAAUCCUUGGGGGGCUAUUCCUCUACACUUCAAUAACCAUUCUUCUCAAGAUUCCUGAACCGAACAUAAUCAUCUCUAAACUAUAACUACCUGUCUAUUCAUAAUGCGUGUCACGACACAGCUAAGGGUCGGCAUCGUCGGUGGCGGAUGGAACGGCUGCCAUCUUGCCCUAGAGCUCAAAAAGCAGGGCCACCGAGUUUCUUUGUUCGAACAGAAGCCUGAUAUCUUCCAAGGUGUCUCAGGAAACUUUGGUAUCCGCCUGCACAAGGGGCCACACUAUCCUCGGUCCAAAGCCACUCGAGACAGCUGCCGUGAAGCCCUGGCCAAGUUUUGCGAGACGUAUCCCGAACUCGUUGUCUACCAUGAAUCCGCAAUAUAUGCACACGGCGAAGCAGACGCUCUGGGAAACCCAUCGAAGGUCUCCGAUGAGGCAUUCAGGGAUGUUUGCUACGAGUCUCCCGAGUGUACUACGGUUGAUCCGAAGGCAAAUGGCUUCCAGGGUCUCAUCAGCGCAUACAAUCUGGACGAACCCAGCGUCGCUAUUGGCGAUCGUCUCCGGAAUGCAUUCAAAGACAAGUUGGGUCGUGCAGGCAUCUACGUGCACCUCAAUACGACAGUCGACCGUAUCAUCCACACCGAGGACACCAACUGCAUUCAAACUGGGGAUGGACAGUACGUCUUCGAUGUAGUGAUCAACGCCACCGGCUAUACCAGCCUUCUGCCGCAGAAUAUCGCAGAUGCUCUUCCCGUCGACAUUGGCGUCACGUAUCAGACCUGUAUCGCCCUUGUCUACGAAGACCAGCAGCCGCAAGAAAAGCCCCUCUCUUUCAUUGUCAUGGACGGCUGGUUUCCCUGCGUGAUGCCGGCGAUCGACACAAACGAGCCCCUUCAGAAGAAGUAUAUUUUAACACACGGCAGCUACACCAUCCUCGGAUCAUUCGACCGUCACGAGGAGGGUCAAGCGCUUCUAGAUAGUCUUGACGAGGAAGCUAUCGCUGCUCAGAUUAAGCCCCACUGCGAGCGGGAGAUCACCCGGUUCUGGCCCGGGUUCCUCGAUCGGUUCCACUACCGCGGCUGGAAGGGCAGUGUUCUGGCCAAGUUAAAGACCACAUCCGAAUUCCGAAGCAGUUUGACCUUUGAGAAAGACGGCGUGAUCCACAUCUUCCCCGGCAAGGUGAGCAAUGUCGUGACGGCUGCCGAGGAGGUGGUUCCUCUGAUCAAUGACAUCGCACGGCGACGGCACGGUGUGGUUCGGGAGUGGAAUGGCGUACGCUUCACUGUGAGCAGCGCCUUCCACACCCACGGCAAGGAAAUUGGCGAUAAGCCAGGGCUGGGCGAGCACCACACUAGCAACCUGCAGACCUAUGUUUCACUGGUCACUGCAAACUAAGUGGGGCUCGGUGGUUUUUUCCAAUGGCAACUGGUUUCAUAUGUAGCGCUAAUGAGUCCCUGGUUACUAGAGAAUAGAUGCUUUAGACGUUAGAGAAUGUGAUUUUGAGUUUUAGCAAAUAGAAUAUCAGAUCCUAU